AUGCUUAGUAAUCCCUAUUUUAAGUCAGUUUUGUGGUUGAUUGGCUUUGGUGGAAUGGGAUAUGGCCUGAUGUUGCUUACCGAGCCGAAUGCCGAAAAAAUUGAACGCAUCAAAGCCUCCAGCUCGAGUUCGAAACAAAGUGCAGAUGACCAGAGGAAAGCGUUGUUUAUGAAGAAACUGCAGGAGGCGGCAACCACCAGUGCUCCAGUUUACAGACCAUCGACUGAGAAAUAGGAUAGUGUGCAGCUUUUUCUCCUAUAAUUCAAAAUUGUUAUAUUUUUAAAUACAAAUGUUAAGCAUUUCAUAA